AUGGAUCAAAAUAAUGAGAAUUUCGAACAUGGUCCAUCCACUCAGUCUUUCAAAAGACCAAGGGCUCAGGACUAUGUUCGUCAAGACAUUCAAUAUGCAACACGGGAAAUGAUACAGGCAACAUUGGCGUCAACACAAACGGGAAUUCCGAACUGGAAAUAUAGUCUAUGUAUAGUUCAAAAGUCGGAACGAGCCCGUAUGUGUGGCUUUGGUGAAAAGGACAGACGUUCAUUGUCACCUCUACCAAUAGUCCAAUUAUUUGUUAGUGAUGAAAAUGGAAAGCCAGUAGAUAUAGAAAACAUAGAGUAUAAUUUUUUUGUUCUACACGCGACUCCUUAUAAAUGUGGAACACGAGAAGAAGCCUCUUUGGUUAUUCAUCCAACAUCACAGCUUGGUUUUAAGAACCAAACAAAUACUCGGAACUUACUUGGAAAUUUAAUAGCUAGCGGAAGAAAGUUGAAGGACCAUGAAGGAAAAUCUGGAAUCUUUUUUGUAUAUCAAGAUCUCAGUAUUCGAACCGAUGGAGAUUUUUAUUUUGAAUUUAACCUUAUGUAUCUUGGAUUCCAAGGUAUGGUUAAUAUAGGUGUUCAUCCCAUGAGUGUUCUAGCGUCCGUGGAAUCAGAUCCCUUUGUUGCCUAUUCAGCAAAGAAAUUUCCCGAGACGACCCCUUUAUCUCGAGCUUUCAGUAGUCAAGGUAUAAAAAUUGCUACUCGUUCUGAUAAAAAGGGGCGAAAUACCUCACAAGAACAAUAA